CCCACUUCCGCUCGCCUCAUUCCUGAGUCAUCCUGACCUGAAGAUGGCGUUGUUUUAUACAAGAAGCCUGCAAGAUCUCCCUGAAUUUACCAUCAGUGAUUUGCACCGGAUUACUAACUCAUUUGCAUCUGCUCCCAGGAGUAAGAGAGAGAAGGGGUUCAAAAUGUACAUUUCCCAGUUCAUUGACAACUAUGAAGUGUCAAACAAAGUGUCAGGCACAGGGAGAGUCAGUGUGCGAGCUAUGUGCCACAGGUCCCUGAGGAAAAAGGAGAGACCUCACAACUUGAGAAUUGUCCUCGAAGACUCCUCCCCAGUGCAGCUGUAUGAGACGGUGUGCUCGUGUGCUGCUGGCAAGGCACUUUGCAACCAUACCGUGGCUCUCCUUUUUCAGACAGCGACGUACUCUCAGCUCCGCCUCCUUGCUGUACCCCCAGUCCUUAGCUGCACCGAGACAGAGCAACGCUGGCACAAGCCAAGGACUAUGGAGCACUCUCUACAAGGCGAUGCGGGGGGAUAUGCCUGAUCCUGAUGUUUUGAAAGUGGCAGAAGCAUAUGAAGGCUUUUCACCUGACAUAGCACCCCUUAUUACCACCAUGUCCAUCAGUGCUGAUGUCCCGCUGGUCAAGUCAGCUUUGGGAAAAGUUCAGGAGGGCAGUCUGAUCUCUUACCAGCAGCCAGUGCCAGCUAGCCGCAUCAUUUUACUCCACACUGGAGCUCCUACACCACCACCUCUGCCUUUGGAUGGCUACAGAUUGGAGCCCACUUGUUGCCAGUUUGUAUGCAGUCUCCACCAGCAACUGCAUCUGCAAUCUAUACUGACCAACUUGGAAAUCGCAAGGGCAAUAGAAGUGGCAACAAGGGACCAGAGUAUGUCUGUGGAGUGGCAUCGGGUCAGAAAGAUGAGAUUAACAUCUUCUCACUUUAGGGAGGUUUGUCAUGUUCGUGGUCAGACAUCAGCAGAACAUCUCGCUGAAAGACUGCUCAGGGGUGUGGCCCAAACAUCGGUCAUGAAAAGAGGUCUGGCAUUGGAGCCACAGGCCAUUCAAGAGUACUGUAAAGUGAAGAACAACAGCUACUGGCCUUGUGGCUUCGUCAUACACCCUGAUGCCCCCUGGUUAGGGUCUUCUCCCGAUGGUGUUGUUUUUGACCCCACAGACAACCCACCCUUUGGCCUGUUGGAGGUAAAAUGCCCCAAUGUCAAGAGUUAUGUUGACUGCAAAUACCUGAAGCUCCACAAUGACUCCAUGAAGCUAAAAAAGCAACACAGCUACUACUGGCAGGUCCAAGGGCAACUCCUACUGACAGGUAUGGACUGGUGUGACUUUGUUGUUUUUGCAGAGGAGGACAUGGUCAUUCAAAGGAUCUACAAGGACCCAGAGGUGGCUGCAGUCAUCAGGGAGAAGGGGGAUUUUUUCUUUUUCUACUUUUACUUAUCAUGUUCCAUGAAAACUUGAAUCACCCCAUUCUCCCUAGAUAUGUGUUUGUGUAAAAUGUAAUCUCAUAGUUCUCAUUACAAUGUACACAUGCACAUGUUUGUAAAUAGUUUCAUGUUUAUGUACUGUAUAUAGUUGUCAUUACAAACCUAUACAAGGUGCCUUUUGUUUAUGUAGGCUACUGUAUAUAGUUGUCAUUACAAACCUAUACAAGGUGCCAUUUGUUUAUGUAGGCUACUGUAUAUAGUUGUCAUUACAAACCUAUACAAGGUGCCUUUUGUUUAUGUAGGCUACUGUAUAUAGUUGUCAUUACAAACCUAUACAAGGUGCCUUUUGUUAAAAUGUCUGAUGUAUUUGUGUCAGAGCUACUG